AACAAAAAAUUCUCGCGGGGGAGCAAAAAGGCAAAUAGGCAAAAAGAAGCAGUAGCACCGCAGCAGCCGCAGUCGCAGCGGAAUCAAAAGCAGCGCAGCCGCCGCUAAUUGUCGCGCCGCUGUUGUCGUAGUUGUUGCUGUUCCCAGUGUUCGUGCGCUGCGUCGCAAAAAAAGAAUAAUUUUCCCCCAAAGGAAAAUUCGAAAAGAGAAUCAAAAAGUUACUUUUUUCACAAGUUUUCACGGUAGAUUCAAUUGCACAAAAAAGUGUAGAAGAAAGGAAAGUAGAAGCAGCAGCAGUACAAGGAAAAAACAAUAAAGCGAGAGGAAAUCAAUACAAAUAAUAACAAUAAACCAGUAAAUAAUAGAAGAAAGAACAGCAGAAGUGGGAGCCGUAGCGCAGCGGCCGGAUCUGUGCAUGUGUGUGCGAUUUUGCAUGUAGCAUGUAGUAUUGUAACAAACAAAACGAAAGGCGGUCAACAACAACAUACAAUAAGAAGACAUAAUGAAAGCAAAUGAGCAAAAUCAAGCAGCAGAAGCAGCAGCAGCCGCGUCCAACGUCGACGACGACGUAGCAGCCGCCGAUGCCGCCGACGCAUGGGAAGCACCGAAAACCGCAUGACAAGGAAAUGGAAAAUUUUGUUGAAAAUUCUUUGGAAGAGCGAACCAAAAACGAGAAUCAAAAAUAAACAAGAAUUCAAAGUAAAUCACAGAAACAGAGCAAGUAAAUAAUAAGCACCAGUCAGGCGCCACACCAGUAACAACAACUAAGAAUCAGCUAAAGAAACAAAAGAAGAAGCAGAAGAAUACGAAACGGCAGUGGAGCAGAAGAAGUAAAGCAGUGCAACCAAAGGAGUGAGACUAAUAAAGCAGUGCAUGAAUAGGAAUAUAAGAAAAAGUGCAGGUCGAGGUGCAGUGCAAAAAGGAGCGGAGUUGGGAAGAAGAAGCAGGAGAACCUGCAGGUUGCGCCCCCUCAAUACCUCACCCACACCCACAUCAUCUCACACACACAAUCGUAUCACCCAACCAUCAUCAGCAGCUCCGCCGCCCACUCUCAUAGCAGGAGGACUGGGGGACAAUACCAUGGAAAGCAGUGCAACAAAUGCAUCAAGCAGCAUCCACACAAGCACAAACAGCAGUAGCACUGCUCUGCCAUCACUAUUCUCCUCUGCCUCCGCCGUCGCUGCAGCAGCCACCUCAAAGGACAUGGACGGACUGAUUGCCAUUAACGAUAGCGCAUUAUCGCAACAAAUCGAAUUUAUACUACAAGAUGCUCCCAUGGAGCAGGAUGAUGACCAUCAACAGCACCACCACCGGCACCACCAUCUCCACCACCACAAUCAACAUCAACACCAUCAGCCGCAGGCGCAGCAGCAGCACCACCAGCCGCAGCAUCAACAACAGCAUCUGCAACCACUUCAUCAGCUGGUAGUAGGAGUUGGAGCUGGAGCUGGAUCUGGAGGUGGAACAGCGGCCAAGCUCGAGAAUAACCACCCACCGACACCAACAACAACUGCAGCAACCGCAACGGCAACCAACAGUGCUUCCGUUUCCACCUACACCUCUAGCAACAGCACUAGCAACAAUAGCAACAACAGCAACAACAAUCACCUGGAGGAGCAUCACCACCUGAUGAUCCAACAGCAGCAGCAGCAGCAUCUGCUAAAUGGCCGGCGCGUUAUCAUCCAGUCUACUGGCAACAGCAGCACGGCUGCAGUACUGGCCGCCAGCGACAUCAAGGAGGAGGAGCUGGACGAGGAGGAAGAGGAUCCCGAGCUGAACGAUGAGAAUCUGCAGGAUAUCGAGGAGGAGGCCCAGGCGGCCGAAGCCGACGAGGAGCCAGAGACGACAGCACAGCAGCAUCCGCAUCUUCAGACUCGCGUCAAGAUCGAGGUGGAGGACGACGAUAUGCCCGAAGACGAUGACGAUGAAGACGAGGACGAAGACGAGAACAUGUCGGUGGCCCAUCUCCAGCGGCAGCAACUGGCGCAGGCACAGGCCCAAAUUCAGGCCCAAUUGGAUUAUCAACUGCAAUCGCCGCAAGCGGGCGGGGCAGGUGCACAGCAAUUGGUGCAACUGCCCGCCGGAAGUCUUAUGAGCACCUCGAGCACCCGCACUAUGACUGCUGUGCCCGUCACCGAGGCGGCACUUGUCCAGCUACAGCGCCGUCCCGUGUAUAUCAGCAAUGCUGUGGGCGGCCUGUCCGCCGGCGCCACCUACGUACGGAUGCCGGGAUCGGCCGUGAUCAGCCGGAGUCCAAUGACGGUACUGAAUGUGGUGCAACAGGCGGCUUCACUGCCCGCCACCCAAUUGAUACUGCAGGCCCAGAGCCCAACGCCUCAGCAACAGCAACAACAUCAGCAGCAGCCCCAUCCAGAGCACCAGCAGCAGCAGAUGGCCAUGAACCAACAGCAGCAGCAGCCACAGACACAAUCGCAAUCACAGCAGCCGCAACAGCAACAGCAGCAGCUACAGCUAUCAUCCCAUCCCGUGAAACAUCAACAAUCAUCGCCAGCAUCCAGCUCUUCCCCAUGUAGCAGUAGCGGUAGCAGCGGGGCCAGCAGCACGGGGGCCACCGCCAGCUCAUCGAGCAGCUACCAGUGCAUGGAAUGCGUAGAGAAAUUCGAAUCGAAGGAACUGUUCGACAUCCAUCGCAGCGGGCAUGCCAACAACAUGAAGUGCGCAAUCUGCAACAUGGUGCUCAAGUCGCUCAAGAACUAUGAGAAGCAUUGCCUGCGUUGCAAGCCGUACGAAUGCCAAAUCUGCGGUCGGGUGGUGCGCUUCCGGCCCAACUUUAUCAAGCAUAUGAGGGUGCAUACGGGCCAGCAGUCGGAGCGGCACAAGUACAAGUGCGAGGUGUGCCACAAGGAGUUCAUGAGCUUCGAGUACUUCAAGGUUCACAAGAAGAUCCACAACGAGAAUGUGAACCUCACCUGCGAGAUCUGUGGCAAGGUGUUCAGUGCCCUGGCCUCGCUACGCGGACACUCGAAACUCCAUUCGGGUGUCAAGUUGCACAAAUGCGAUGUCUGCGGCAAGGGCUUUGGCCAGCGCUACAACCUGAAGAUCCAUGCCCGCACCCACACGGGCGACUUUCCCUUUGAGUGCAAAAUAUGCAAGAAGAAGCUCCACACGCAAUCCUCGCUGCAAACGCACAUGCAGGUCCAUCUCAGGGAUCAGCCAACGGCAGUAGCCACGCAGCAGGCAAAGGCAAGCAGUGCCAAUGCCAACAGCCAGAACGGGGGAAGCACCACCAAUACUAUCAUCAAUACCAAUACCACCACCGCGAGCACCACCCACACCAACACCAGCAUCAGCAGCAACUCGAGCAACAGCAACAGUGCGACAUCCGCCACGGCCACAACGAUUGUCAAAUUGGAGCCGCCAAGCGAUCUGGAUAUGCCCAGCACUAGCACAAGCAAUAGCAAUCAGCUGCAACAGCAGCAGCACCACUCUCACCAACAACAGCAACAACAGCAGCAGCAGCAAAUGGAAUUGGACGACCAUUCUGGCCUCAGUGGGGACGAGGAUGUGAACUCUUCCUCGCAUAUUGUCAACUCAACCACCAAUCGCUUGACCACCGGUGAGGACUCAUCCAAUGAGUCCUCGAAUGCCUCGCUACACAAUCAGCCGCACUCCUCCUCAUCCGCAGCCAGCAUCAGCUCCUCGCAUUCGCCAUCUAUGCUGCAGCAGCAACAGCUGACACCAGCUGCAUCAUCGCAGUAUCUCAUGUCCACGCCCUCACGGACGAUUGUCAUCAAGAACUACAUGCAGCAGCAACAUGCUGGAGCGGGUCAGGGACAGCAACAUCAACAGAACGCAUCCGAUCAGGGUGCUGUACUCCAUACACAGGUCAUCCAGAGCGGUGCAGGCACCAGCAGCAACAACAGCAGCAGUAGCAGCAGCAAUGGCAGCGGGAACGCCAUCGUUAGCAAUGGUGCACAGCAAUUGAUACGCAAGACGCCCAUCAUUCAUCACUCAGCGAGUGCCAGUGGUACGCUCUGCUCUGCUCUGACCAGCGUGGUACAGCAACAGUUAAAUACAGCAGUCGGAGUUGGUUCGCCCGCUCAAUCGCCACAGUCAUCGUCGUCAACGUCUUGCUCCUCCACCACUGUGCUGGUGUCAAAGGCCACGGGUGUGCCCCUCUCGAUAGCAUCUUCGGCAGCGGCGGCGGCUGCACUGGCCGGUUCCACCAUCAUACGUAGCACACGCAAUCAUCAUCAUAUACAGCAGCAGCAGCAGCAGCAGCAGCAGCAGCAGCAGCAGCAGCAGCAGCAUAGCAACAGCCAGAGUCAGCAGCAGCAGCGUGGAUCAGGAGCUGGCACGCAGCAGCGCAGUAACCACCGAAACCACCACCGACGUCGUCAUCUUGCUGACAUGGAUGAUGAUGACGAUGACGAUGAGGACGAAGAUCCAGCCUCAGCAGCCGCUCAAUUGCAGUUGCAGCGCCAUGGCCAACAUACGUCAAUGUCCCCCGUCAGCCCCCAUCACAACCAGCAUCAGCAGCAUCAUCAUUCACAUCAUCAACAGCAUCCGCAGCUGCAUCAUCAUCAUCACAAUCAUCAUUUCGAUGAUGAUGAUGAUGAUGAGAAAUCAUCACCGUCCCUGGCCACAGCGGCAAUCAAGGUGGAACCGAAUCUCUACUCUUCCGGCUCAGGCGACAACUCCAACGAUAUGUUCAUCAAAGAGGAGGUGAUGUUUGAGGACUCGGCAGCCCCACACUCACCACAAUCGCCGCCAAGCUCAAAGUUUCGCAUCUCGAACUUUGAUAGCGAUCUGGUCGAUCAUCAUGUCGAUUUAAAUCACUCGCUACCGCCGUAUGGGAACCUGUUUGAGCCGCACUCAAUACCCGACAGCAUACCCGUGCAACUCUAUCCGGAUGAUGAUGAUGACUUUCGGCUGGACCACAGCUCGCUGGGUGGACUGCAUAACACAUCGUCAUCGACAACCGAUGGGGACUUUAUCAAAAAGGAAUGGGUUUAUGGCACCGGCACCAGUUCCUAUGCCAUGAAUGGCAAAUUCGAUGAUGACAGCGAUGCCCUAUGCGAUGCCGCUAAUUUCAUAUACAAUUGAGAACGUUUUCUCGUAAUUGUUCGGAAGGAGCGACAGGAAAGGAAAACGAAAGGAAAGGUACAGGAUAUGGAAAUGCAUACGCACAUUUUGGCAAGACAAUUGCUUGGAUAUAUAUACAUAUAUCUCUCUCUAACCCACACACAAAAACAACAUAGAAGAUAUGUAUAGAUGUAUAGAUAUAUAUAUAGUAUAUAUAUAUAUAUGUACUCUAUAUAUAUAUAUAUAGAGUACAUGCCACACACACCUCUAGAUAAUUUGCUAUCUCUGUGUUGCGCUCGUGAUGAUCUUAACGUGAUCUUAAGUCUAAAUAUGUGUAGAGUGUAGAAUUUUGAUAUCUCUCUCUCUAUUUCUCUCUGUUUUAACCAUAUUUUCGACCGCCCCAACCACCCAAUUUCCUGUGUGUCGCUCUAAUUCUAUGUGUGUCGUCAUUUUUGCAAUAACUCUCUCUGUCUCUCUCGAUCUCUCUCUCUGUCUCUC